UAGCCUUCCCGAGCCCGCUCCCUCUCACCCUCCCGCUACCGCCGCCACCCACACGCACCAGGGAGGAGUCCCGCUUGGCCCCCUCGUCCUCCUCCAGCAGGAGUCCUCGCACCUGCGCCUGGCCGAUUCCCAUGCCCGAGCGCAUCUCCUCUCAUGCACCUCAUCCCCGGCGCCGUCCAUCCAUGCCGCGCCCGGUUCCCACGGCCAUCUCCCUCUCGUCCCGAUCGGGAUCGUCCUCGAUCCCCUCUGCCUGCUCCGAGCUUCUCCGGCCCCGACGUCCCCUUCGCCGGAGCCCUUCCUCCGCCUCUGCUCCGGCGACUCCUUCGACCGCCUUGCCGCCCCGUCGCCGCUCCAUUCUCUGCCAUCCCCUCUUCGUCAUCUGCCAAGAGCGCCACCGCCUCUCUUCGUUGCCUUCAAUAGGAGUUCCAAGCGCCAUGGCCGCCCUUUGGUGCUUCGUGCAGCGCCUGACCUCCUCCUUCUGGUGGCCUCAGCCUUGUGCGACGCGCCAUACGGGAGAGGAGCUCCCCGCAGCUAAAUCUGGGAGUGGUUUUAGAAAAACUGGUUUAAAUGGGUUGGUUUUUAUUAUGGGCUUGAUUGGUUUAGGUCUUAUUGGGCUGAGCUUUUUUAAGUUUGGUUUGGUUUCAGUUUUGAGAGGAACCAGUUUGGGUAUAGUUGGUUAUGGGCUGAAACCAUUUGAUGCAUUAUGGGCUACAAACCGUGGGUACAACCCGGUUUGCUGCGUCCAGUUACCCACACGCUGCCCUGAUGCGGUGUUGCUCCUGUCUAGCUGUUUCUUCCCCCGCGCCGCCCUGCUCCCCUGCCUCUUCCUUGUGCCGCCGCCUCGCCGUCACCCUCCGGCGCCGCCCCUUCCUUGCACUGCCGCCUUGCCGUCACCCUCGGGCGCCACCCCCUCCUUGCGCCGCCGCCUCGCCGUCUCUUCAUUGCGCCACCGCCUCGCCGUCACCCUCCGGCGCCGCCCCCUCCUCCGUCGCGCCACCUUCCCUUCGCCGGCAGGUCCUGCUCCUCCCGCAACAAGGUGCUCCGGCGGCAACGCCGGCAAGGUGCUCCUGCUGGUCCCCUCCUCGUCUGCAACAACAAUAAUAGCAACCAGUGUGCUAUAAAAUUUGAGGCAUGUCUACGUCAGAGGGUUCGAAGACUGCUGAUUCCAUGGAUGAGGAUACGAGUCAAAUACCACAUGUUAGAAGGUCCAAGGUAUGGGAGCAUUAUGAAGUAGAUUUGGUUCUCGUAGAUGGCGAUUUCAAGGCUGUGUGCAAAUACUGUGGAGCGCAACUUCACACCAAGUUUGGGACUAGAAGUUUGAGGACCCAUAUUGCAGAGGCUUGCCGAUCAAUCCAAGAUGCUUGCAGACAUAGGUUUUUGUUGACCAUGAAAAAAAACAGCUGAAGGACUGUUUGUGUUUGAUGAAAAAGUUUGUCGUGAACGCAUGGUCAAGUAUUGCGUCCAUGCUGAGAUCCCCUUUCUUAAGUUUGAAGAUCCCCACCUUCAGCCAUGGAUUGACUCAAUGCAGCCAGCGUUUCAAAUCAAGGGUCGUCACACAAUUCGUGAUGAUGCAGUGAAGAUGUAUAAGGGAAUGAAGAAAGAUAUCGAAAUAGAGCUACAAAAUUUGGAUUCUCGCAUUUGCUUAACAUCUGACAUGUGGACAUCAUCACAGGACUUGGGCUACAUGUGCAUCACCGCCCAUUAUAUCAAUGCAGAAUUCAACUACAAGAAGAAGACCAUAAGUUUCGCAGAAGUGAAGUAUCCCCACACAGGCUAUGCGAUAGAGGAAGAAAUAGUUUGUUGCUUAACAGAAUGGGGAAUAAGAGGCAAAUUAUUCACUUUGACACUAGAUAAUGCCAGCAAUAAUACUAAUGCAUGUGAGGAGUUAAUAAAAUAUCACAAACAUGAGCUGCUCCUUGAAGGUCAACAUUUGCAUGUCAGGUGUUGUGCGCACAUUCUUAAUAUCUUGGUUCAGGAUGGAAUGAAAAUAAUCCAUGAAGCUAUUGACAUGAUACGUGAGCUGAUGAAGUAUAUUGACUCUUCUCCUUCAAGACUUCAAGAUUUCAAUACAAUUGCAAGUGGGAUGGGUCUACG